AUGCGAUACGGAUUCGGCUUCAACAAGAGCACACUCUCCUCGCCAUCUACCUCACCAUCCUCUCUUCCUCCACCACCCCCUCCACCUUCUCCCAACGACUCUCUCCUCGACAUUGCUCCCCGCAAAACCUCCUUCUCCAUGACGUCGGGUGGAAACACUUCAUGUGCUUUUCCCUCUUGGCCCAACCGGUCCUCGCUCUUCUCUGAUUCUGACUCCUGCGCCAGUGCAUACCUGUCAGACGAGGAUCUCUUUCUACCGCCAUCUUCGUCAUCUGGAUCCGAGUCAGCCCUGGAGGAUGAAUCUGUUUCGUACCAACCAGUGUUUGCAGCAGAGUUGACGACGGAGGAGCAAAUCAGCAUGAUCAAUGGGGCAGCAGAAGUAGAGGAGCGACGACGACAGUAUUUAGCCAACGCUCAUGCACAACUUCGCGCACAACAAGCACAACGAGCCGCCCGAAUACUUGCUGCUGAGCAAUCGGGCGGAAAGCGAAGAAAGCGACGCGAGGUUACUGAGAAGAAGGGGAGGACAGCAUCCUCGUCGUCGCCAUCUCCAAAGUCAUCCUCUAGUUAA